UAAUAAACGUGUUGCACAGUCUGUCCUGACGCUCUGCAGGGACACACUGAGACGUGAGGAUCACAGAGGUGUGUGUUUGUGUGAAGCGAAGCCCGGAACCUUUGAUUCCGGCGUCUCUGAGUCUACACGGACUGUUUAGACGGGCACACGGGCAAACUGUCAAGGCUACUGCCGUGCCUCAGCCUCCUUCCCUGUCCAGUAAGGCCUGCAGGAUGGCCCAGGCAGACAGCAAGGUGCUGGUUCUGGGAGCUCUGGCUGGAGUGGCUGGUGUCAGUCUGGCUGUGGUGUGCUACCAGGGCUUUAGGUCAAAACGAAGAAGCUCCUGGCCAGGAUUCUACCUCAGCAGCAAAAAUGAACAAGGAACUGGCCUCAUGGUGGUGGAUGGUCCAGGUAUGCCCAGGGGUCAGGUUGAGGUGCUGGAGCGCCUCGAGGCCCUGAUCCAGUGUGUGUCCGAGCUGAAAGAGGAGAUGAAGUCAUUGAAGAACGCUCUGCCGACUCUGCCAGACCAAGUCAGGGAGGAGCUGAGGGGGCGAGAUGAAAGGAGGCGAGCUAGCCCCCUUCAAAGGACCACGCCAACACGAAGGAAAAGGGCUGCGGCCACCGCGGCCAGAGCAGGGGGGCGGAGCUCAGAGGAGGCAGAGAGUGAGGGAGGGUACAUAACAGCGCUGACUGACUCUGAAGAAGAUGAAGAGCUGAGUGAUGCACAGCAGAGUGAGGAGGAACAACCUGCAGACCCGCUCUCUGUCCUGCUGGAGAGGAUCGACUGUUGGCACAAGGGCACUGACUCUGAAAAAAGAGAAAGUCUCAACCUGCUUCUGGAGCACAGAGAGGAGUUUGGACAGAACUCUACGUUUCUGUGGCGGCUAACCCGAGCUUACUGUGACAUUCACGACAUCAGCGCCACUCUGGAGGAGAAGAAGAGUCAUGCAGAAACUGGGAAGAAAAUUGGCGAGGAGGCGGUGGGCCUGAACCCCACAUGUGCUGACAGUCAUCAGUGGUAUGCCAUCAUGUGUGGGAUCAUGGCCGAAUACGACACAGUGCAGAACAAGAUCAAGAACGGCUACAUCUUUAAGGAUCAUCUGGAUAAAGCAAUCGAGCUGAAGCCACAGGACCCCCUGUCCUACUACCUGAUGGGCCGCUGGUGCUACGCCGUGGCUCAGUUAUCAUGGAUUGAGAGGAAAGUGGCUGCAACAUUAUUUGGAGAGCCCCCAAGUGCUACCGUUGAAGAUGCCCUGAAGAACUUUCUAAAGGUCGAGGAGAUCCAUCCGGGAUAUUCCAAAUUAAACUUUGUGUUUCUCGCAAAGUGCUACAAAGACCUCGGGCAGAGGGAGAGUGCAAGGAAGAUGUGUGAAGCUGCAAGUUCAAUGAAAGCUGAGUCCAAAGAGAAUGAAGAGGCACAAAAGGAGCUGGAUGUCCUCUGCCCGGCUUUGGGAGUGUGACCUCAGCAGCAGGCGACGUAUUUUCCAUAUGCUGCUGAUGGCGUGAAUGUGUGCGAGCAUUUGUUUCUAGUGUUUAUUCAGACGCCAUCAUGAUGAUUCACUCUGUGAGUGGAGGGUGCUGUGAGUGUUGAUGUUACCACAUUCAGACCUGUCCUCUGUGGUUUUAAAUCAGAACUUGUUUUCUUUUUUUUCUGUUUUUCUUUUUGAUAUUUUAAAAACAAACCUUUCUUGUCUGGUUGUAUAAAAUCGGAUAGCUAAUAGGUUUUCCCUCUCUAAUCUAAUCAAGUAAAUGAAACUGGAAUAAUCAUUAUAGUAAACAACUUCUGAUCGUAGCUUCUAUAUCUAGCAGGUUUGUAUAUUCUCAGUGGCUGUGUGUGCAGCAGCAGCAGCAGCGUGUAGCAGACAGCCUCUCAGGUGGCUGUGCUGACACUAAAGUGUGUCUCCAGGAUACCUUGAAAACAAAAACGUGACACUCUUAAGGUGACCCACAGGACUCUCUGUUCUUCCUCUUCCGUCCUGUUUUCUUUUUUUUUUUUGUUACGUCUCCAGAGAAACAUUUAAGAGGCAAUAACAAAAAAUAUCAUCAGACAAUGGUGCACCCAAACACGGAUGUAAGAAUGCCCUGACCUCAGAGCGACCUCUUCACCCUGCCUUCAGUCAGAACAACGUCAGCGCUCCCUGACUACAUUUACAAAAGCUAGAAUACUUCAGGACAGUCUGACCCGAGGUGGUCUUGUCCACACAUGUCCUUCGCAGCGGGAGAUUUUCCCUCUCAGUUGACAUGAUUUAAAAAAGAUCUUCAUAAAUCAAAGAUGGUGGACGAAGCGACAGCCUGACCCUUUAAUGACAGUUUUGCCUUUAAAUCACUGCUGCGUGUCAACGGUAAAAUGGAGCAGAACAGACAUGGCAGCUUCCUUCUGUGCAUGACGAUCGCACCGGUCGUGUGUCGUUUGCAGGAUACACUUCACUUUUACUCGAGGGCUGGCAGGGAACAGUCAGGGUGGAGUCAUAACUGCAGUGCUGAUACUGAAGUGUAUCCACGGGAUGCCAGGUUUUAUGUUCGAAAACGGCAAUACAUUUUUAGAGAUUUAUACCGAGCUCUGACUCUCACAAUUUUGCGUCUUUAAUUGUUUUUUUUAUCUGUGGAAUUUAAAGUCAGUUUUAUUAAGAGGUGUAUUACUACAAACAUUACGUGUAUCAUGAGGACUUUUUCCAGGGUCACACCAUUCAAACUGUUAAAGAUACCUUUAAAAACUGUAAUGUGCAAAGAAAGCUCCUGGUACACUGUGUGUAUAUCAACUGUUAUACCUGAUCAGGUUUAAUUCAAGAUUUACUCGAGUUUCAAUGAAUAUUCAAAACAAAAAGAUUGAGACCAUGUGGGCCAAACUCUUCUAGUAAAAAAAUCAUGAUUGGACUUCCUUAGUACUCCAAAGAACAAAUAUCAUGUCAUCAUUUCUCGGUGUCAUGGAGAGUUAAGCCAAUCGCUCUGCAGUAAAACGAUGAUGAGUUUAAAGCAGAGGCUGCUGAUCAUGUUACAGUCUCAGUCUACAUUCCAGCUAAAAUAAUGCAUCUUAAAGGAAGAAUAUACAACUUUUUGGAUUCAGUAGAUGUCGCCCUUUAGCACCAGCAUGAAACCAAAACAAACUGAUGUUUGGCCACACCUUGGUAACCUCUGCUAUUCUGAAGCCUCCGCUCUCACACAUCUCCAACCUCUCUCCACUCGUGUUCGCAUGAAGGAGUUAUCAAUUAGAACGCAACAUAAUUAAGCACCAUUCAGCGCAAGCUGCAGACAAAAUUGUCCUUGUCUCGAGCUGCGUUGUUGUGUUAGCAGGCUAAUGUUAGCACACUUUGGUUAAGCUAUAUGUGUUAUGUCACAGAAUGACUGUGCUCUAAACACUUACAUGACAUCUUACAUGAGUAUGUUCUUCUUCUUUUCUCUAGUCCUUGACUAAAACAGCUUUAUACACAAGGCCGUCCCGUCCAUGUAAACAUGAAGUAAACACGACUCUCACAACAACACAGCUGACGGGACUCGAGCUUCUCACUCAUCGUAGACAGUUAUGACUCAGAGACACAUUUACACAGGAUAUAUGAUUUCUGCUCUAUUUAUGUGUACAAUGUUGCACAUUUGUCCUUUAAAUAUGAUCUCAUCAUACUUAAAAAAAAUAAUGCUCAAAAUAAUUCAUUUUAUUCAAAUGCAUUCCUGAUUAUGUUCAAGUUGUGUUCACUGAAUCUAGUUAAAUCUUGUAUGAAAAGUGAGAUUUUAGCUUCUUUACUCUUGGGAUUUCUUUUUAAUUUAGAUCCUUUAACUUAAUUUAUAUUGUUAAAAAUGGGUAAAAACUACAAGAACUUCUUAUUUGUCACUUUACAGAUUUGUUUUCCAGCAUAACGAAUGUAUUUGAUUUGAUUCAAACAAGCCAAAGUAAGUUCAAUAACCCUCAGUUAUAUCACACCUGACGCACUACAAAGAGACGGUACUGUAUGGUUUAUGACAGGCGGUGUGCACUGAAUGAUGAAUGGUACAGGACUCUAUCAUUAAAUCUGUGAAACAGUU